UCGGGGCGGCGUUGUCCGCGCGGCCAGGCACCUGGAAGGGUGAAGGCGAGAGAGGCAGAUGACAACACUGAACACAGGCUCUGCAAGAUGUGUGGUCAGAUGUCAAAUGGAGGUGAUUACAGGAGAGAUCCUUGGCAGAACUGUAUCCAGACUUCUAAAGUGGGGAAGACCCCUGGCAGAGAUGUUUCCAGACUUCUGUCCUAUCAUUUCUGACAAUUCUGCUUUUGUUAUCAGUUGACAACAUUAGAGACUUGAAUCUCCAUAAUGAAUGGAUCCAGUGUGGCAAGUACAUCACCCAAUGUGAAAUGCAAGGAGGACCAAGGAUUAAAUGGACAUGAAGAAAAGGAAAACCCAUUUGCAGAAUAUAUGUGGAUGGAGAAUGAAGAGGAUUUCAAUAGACAGGUAGAGGAAGAGCUGCAGGAGCAAGACUUCUUGGACCGCUGCUUCCAGGAGAUGCUGGAUGAAGAAGACCAGGACUGGUUCAUCCCAGCACGAGACCUGCCUCAGGCUGUGGGACACUUACAGCAGCAGUUAAAUGGACUAUCAGUCAGCGACAGUCACGAAUCUGAAGACAUUUUGAGCAAAAGUAACCUGAAUCCAGAUGCCAAGGAGUUUAUUCCAGGAGUGAAGUACUGAGUUGUUGGAAGCUUCCAGAAGGACUUGUCUUGUCCCCGUACCUGGGGUCAGCAAUGCACAAAAAGGCAGAGCUGAAGGGGGGUGGCAAGGCUGUGUGGCCAGGGCGGGUUGGGUUGGGAAGGUGGUUUAACUGGAUACUGUGACUGAGUAACUAAUGUGCGAGGUACUACUCUCCAAGCCCUCUGAACUUGGCUCUUCUGUUCUGCUAACUUGUUCAGAGCAGUUUCCCAUUGUAUUUUAUUUUUGAGAA